GCAUUUUCAUGUUCAUAACCUUAAAUUUUUAUGAACCUCACAUGUAAAUAGAAACAUGGAAGAAACAAAUGGUGAAAAUCAAAGUAGAAAAUUUAAUAGAACAGUAUUUGACCACUUUGCACAUUUAAUUAGUGCCAAUGAAAAAAAUCGAAUAAAGGGUAGUUUAAAUAUACUAAAACAUUUUUAUACUGUCCAGGAAAAAGAUAUUGAAGUAAAUCAUGCAUUGACAAGGAUUAUACGAGGUUUGGGAUCGUCCACUAAUAUGCCCAGAACAGGAUUUUACACUAUUUUAGUCGCUUUGCUAAAUUUUAGAAAUGAUAUAUCUGUAUCACAAAUUUUUGACCUUAUGGACAAACAUUUACAUAAAGCAGGGAGUAACGCAAGAUCGGAAAAUGCAGAUAUUUUGACUGGUCAAAUAUUAGCAUGUGGAGCUAUCAUCAGAUCAAAUCUUUGGUCUAAAACAACUGAUAAAGAAAAGUUGAAAAUUGUUGAAUGUAUCUUAAUUGCUAGCAAAGAACGUACUUACCAAGGGUUACUAGCAUUUGAGUUUAUCAUAAACAUAUUUGAAAAAGUUGAAGACAAAGAUUUUUAUGCUUUGUGUCCAUUGUUUAAAGAUGAAGUGUCAAAACCACUGGAAAAUUAUAAUUUGGACUCGUUAUAUUUACUAUAUAACAUGAAGAAAAAAUAUCCACAACUACCAAAAAAAUUGAAAUCUGUUAUAGUGUAUCCUGAAGUUUUAGCUGAAGAAAAUAUAGGAAAAUUGUGCAGAAUUUUAAUGAUUAUUCCCAAAUUAUCUUCCCUCCAACAUCCUGUUUAUGAUAUUAUAAGCAGUGAAGCAGCAACAUCAAGUAACCUAACUUAUUUUAUAGAAGAACUAGAUGGAUACUUAGACAUACCAAGCAGGAAUAAACUUCUUGUCAUAACAAAAAUAUACACUAUAUUGUUGGAAAAACUUGAAGAUGUAUCUGUUGUUCCAAAUAUUUUAACAAAACACUUUAUGCACCAAAUGCUUAAUCAUUUCAAAACUCUGAAAGGCAAAGAUCAAGACGUAGAAUUUAAACAAAGCAUUAACAAAUUUUUUGAGCAAUUGUUAGAAAAACUUAAACCAGAAGAUGUGAAUUCGAAAAUUAAAAUUGCUGUUUUGAAAAAACUGCUUUUUUCACCUGGUACUUUUAUCUUUGAGAAAAUAACACAUUCGAAGAUUGUGCAGAACAUCACUUGGAGUCUGAAUGAUGAUGGAGUUAAAAAACUUGUCGCAGUGUACAGGGGUGUGAUCGAAGGUAGUGAAAUUGUGGACAGCCAAUAUGGUCAUGGAGACUAUUGGUUAAAUAAUGACAAACUGUAUGCCGCCCAUUUACUGAUAAAACUGUUAAAUCAUAAAGCAGUAAGAGAUGAAAAUGACUGGAAAACAGAACAGUUGAUAUUUCUAAUGGAAUUGGGAUUGCUGAAGGAUACAAAAGUUCAUAUUGGAAGUGAACUAUCAGCUUCCUUGAAGACUGCCUUCUUCGGAGCAUUAGAUUUGAAGCUUGCAAAACUAGAACAAUUACAUACUAUUUUGUUAAGUGUGGUACUUCAUCUAAAUUCCAAACUGACACCUGAAAACUUAGAAACAGCCCUUCGUUCGACAAUAACAAUAGAGCAAUACGAGAUCUGGGAAAAAACUAUUUCAAUAAUAACCAAGAUCGAGAAAAAGAAGAAAAAAGGAGGGUUGAGAUCCGUCUUCUUAACGCUAUUUCUACACUUAGCGUUACUUUUAUUUAAUGAUGCUAAACUAGCUGUAGAUUCUUUGAAUGAAUUAUUUGUUUGCUAUGAAAAGACUAGAAAAUCUAGGAAAAACAGUGAAGCAAUGGAUGAAACAACUACUGAAGAUGCAGCUGUCGAAGAUGUUAUGUGGAUUGAAGUAGUAACAGAUCUAUUUUUGAACUUUUUAUCGCAAAAUUCUCACUUACUUAGAAACAUUGUUAACUUGAUCCAGAAAACGAAAAUCCUUUAUCCAAAAAAAAACACUGAGAGAGAUGAAGAAGAUUCUGAUGAAGAAUCAGAAUCGGAAAAGGAAGAUGAGUCUGACGAUUCCAACAACGAAGAAGAUGACGACGAUGAUGAUGAUGAUGAUGAUAUGGAAGAUGAGACCGCAAACGACAAGUUAAGAAUGGCUCUGCACAAAGUUUUAACAUCUAACGGGUAUCAAAGUGAUGAAGAAAGUAUAGAUAUCGAUCAAAUGAGCGACACUGAAGGAGAAAAAUUGGAUAAAGCAUUAGCUGAUGCUUUUAAACAGUUUAGACCGAAUCGAGGAAAGGGCAAAAAACAGAAUGAAGAUCAGAGAACGUUAACCCAUUUCAGAGUUAGAGUUUUAGAUUUGAUCGAGAUAUAUUUAGAUUCAAACCCUUCAAUGAUCCUUACUUUAGAAAUUAUGCUCCCUUUGUUAAAAACUGUGGAAUUCAGCGUCAGAGAUGAACACCAAAGUCCUCUAUUACAUCGACUUAAAUCAUGUUUGAAGAAGUUAUCAAAUUUGAAGAAAUUUGAAAACACUGAUGGUGUAGAUGACGCAGUACUGUGUGAUCUACUGAAGAGUUUGCUUGAUAAAGGAACAAAAAAUACAUGGAUCGUACAGGAUAUGAGAGAACAGAUUUCACACUGUUGUAUUUUUACAAUCAAAUGUUCAGAUUUACUCUCGAAUGCCGAAGCUACACCAAAAAAAGUGAAAAAGCGCCUUAAAAACUCUAUAGUGGAAUUAAUAAGCAAUGAAUUGGAUACAUACUUCAACAAAAGAGAAUGUGCAACGCCAUUUUUGGUUUUUAAGAACCUCUUAAAAAUUUCCUGGGAUGGUAAUCUUACUUUAGUAACUAUAAUUUUAAAGUACCUCUUUGACGCGAACGUUAAAGUUUUCAAAAAGUCUCAAGGCUUAGAAUUGGUCCUUUCAUUUUACACAAAUCAAAGAUAUUUAAGAUCAAACACAGAGAAAAUUAGGGAAGCUUUAACCGAAAGUCAUGAGGAAUUCUCAAAUAAUGCCAUAACUCUGUUCAAAUCUUUGUGUGAAACUGAACGUAAAGUCCCAUCUGAAAAAUUUUUGGGUAAUAUGUAUAAAUUAUUAGUUGCCAUGAAAACGAGCGUUCUAAAUAUAGAUUGCAUGAAAUGGUCAGAAAUAGCAGAAUCAGUUCGAGAAUUUAUGGGCACAGUUACGUUAUCCAAGGAUGCCAAAACCGCCUUCAACAAACUAUGUGCGUGCCUAAACGUUUCUAAUGUAGUUAAACACAACCCUGUAGUAACUUCUUCUAAAACUAAUGACGAAAAAGCAACCAAAGGAACUAAAGAAAAGAAGAAAAACAAGAAAACAAAGAAUAAAGAGAAGUUAAAGUUAAAGAAAGAAGCUAAAGAAUUAAGACUGCAGAGUUUAUCUGAAGGAUUCAAAAGUUUAGACUUUGCAGUUGCCAAUGAUGAGGUUACGAUGGAAACCAACGAAGAAUCAGAAGACAGCAGCGAUAAAAGUAAAAAACAGAAAAAGAGGAAGAGCUCUGAAGGAUCGGUAGAAGGUAAGGAAUUUAACGAUGAAAAUACCACAAAAAAAUCAAAGAAGAAAAGAAAGAAUUCAGAAAACACAGAAUCUGGAGCUGCGACAGUAAACGGAGUAAUAGAAAGUCACAAUAAAAAGAGAAAACAUAAAACAAGUUAA